CAGGGAAACGGUGAAAGAUCGACAAGUAUUUCCACAGUCACGUGAACCGGAAGGUCAGUUCAACGGGAGUGGGAGGUGAAGGGGGGGCCAGCAGAAAAGCAGCUGAGGAUCAUCUGAGGCCCCAGGGGAGCAGUGAGAUGUCCGCUAAAGGAAACCAUGGCUAUGAAUUUCAGGGCAUCAAGGCCCUGUCAACACAGCUAAUCCCCACGGAUGCUGGCUGAAUAAGCCUCCGAUGAGCGAACAAGUGCCCAGUGGAAACCUUGUCAGCCUCCAGCGGGCCAAUCUGUCCUCAUAUUACACCCUCUGCUGGCUCUGUUGCUAGACCCCCGGAUCGAGGAUCCACAGCAAGUGUCCCCAGCCCGGUGAGGGCCGACACACCAGGGUUAAAAAGUCAACAGAAUUCAGGAACCAUGAUCGGAUUAAGAAGGCAGUUUUAUUUUGGUGCCCCUGGACUUCGAGCCGAUUAAAUCAUCAAAAAGCCUCAGCCACCGGGGUCACGUUUGAAUGCCACAGCUGUCCACCGAGGUUGGACAAACAUUCUUCCUGUGGCUCAGCGUCUGAAUGGAGAAGGCAGGGACCAUCUUGGGGAGGGCAAGACUUUUAAGAAAGGAGAGGGGACACCAUCAAAUGAUCCUUGUAUGGCAAACAAUCCGGCCAGAUGGAGACGCGGAAGACUUGCUUAGAUAAGGGGCCUCCUGAAAACAGCAAGUGUUUUAGGCAUGAAGAAAAACACAGGCGGGAUUUAGAAAAAGUGAAUGGGAAGCUGGACCCUGGGUGUGCCAUGCCCCGGGGUUGCUGAUCCGGAAAUUAAUCAAGGUGGGCUACGGGCUCAGCGAGGAAGCCUGCAGACGCCAUCAUGACAGGGGACCUGCUCCUGCUUGCCAGUGUGAUUUGCCUGCUCCAGGUGGCAUGCGGCUGUCCAGAAAAGUGCCACUGUCACGCAGCGUCCAAUUCUGUAGACUGCCGUCAGCAGGGCCUGGAUGCAGUCCCUCCUGAUCUGCCUCCUCAGACUCUAACGCUGCACUUGCAAGAUAACCAGAUACACCGGCUUCCGGCGUCUGCAUUUACUUCGGUGCCACAGCUCACGACCUUGAACUUACGCAACAACUCCCUUUCAGACCUAGUCCCUGGAGUUUUCGAUGGACUUCAGCACUUGCAGGUCUUAAACCUAACCCAGAACUCCCUGCGUUCCCUGGAAAGCAGGCUUUUCCAGCCCCUCCCAGAGCUGAGGGAACUUGACCUGUCAUCAAACCACCUGAGCCACCUUCCCACACCCCUGGGUGAGCCGUGGCAGAAUCUGACUGUAUUUGCCGUUCAGCAAAACCGGCUUCAGCAGCUCAAUCGAGGGCUCCUAGAAGCCAUGCCCAGCGUGAGGCUUUUAUUUCUCAAGGACAACCUCUGGAAUUGCAAUUGCCAGUUGCUCAGUCUUAAACUCUGGCUGGAGAAAUUUAUCUACAAAGGGGGAAUAGUGGACAGCGUCAUCUGUGCAUCUCCGGAUGCCUGGAAGGGAGAGGACCUCCUGAAAAUCCCUCAUGAGCUCUACCAGCCCUGCCCACUUCCUUCUGCGGACCUGGAGUCCUCGCAGAGGGGGGGGCUAGGUUCCGCCCGCCCGGCUGUCCCCAGGCCUCCUGAGAACCACGGGGCAGGGGACCGAGACCACGCACAGUGUGAGCCCAAGCCCAAGCCCAGGCCGGCCAAUCUGCGGCACGCCGUGGCCACCGUCAUCAUCACCGGGGUCGUGUGCGGGGUCGUGUGUCUCAUGAUGGUGGUGGCUGCCAUCUACGGCUGCACCUAUGCAGCUGUUACAGCCCAGUGGCACGGAAGGCACACGGCCCAAACCAGUGAGCCUGAGAAGACAGAAGGGAAAGAUCUGUGCGACAGCUCAGCAGCCUGAGGGCUUUCGUCUCAAAAAGAAACAAUCGUUUUAGGCCAGAAGAACGCACCUGAGUAAGACUGAUGCACUCACUCUUACUGCCUCAUUUUGCUUCUCAAAGAAAGAAAAAAAUAUGUCUGCAGAAAUAUAUUUCUGGGAACAAAUUUAUGUUGCGAUUUAAAAAAUGCCGUACAUGAAAUAGAGAGGAUACCUGUGCUCUGCCUGAGGAGUUAAUUACCCCACAUGGGGGAAGGCUGCAGGACCAAGGGCAGAGAGCAUCUCUUUCAGGUACUCCUCUCUGCACUAAGCUGCUUUACAGGGCAACAGAGAUCCGAAUGCGUGUGCCAGUCAGCAUUCCUGGGAGCUUUACGGUCCAUUGGAAAACUGCCCGAUCGUGAGUGCCUGGGAAGAAACCGGCGAUCCCACCCGAGGGGCACUGGAUGCCUCUAUAAUUCAAGUUCAUGCUAGAUCUCCGAGACUUUUAGAAGUUCUGUAGAUUAUAUAUUUAAUGGGAGUGUCUGUUGGUUGGGAAUUGUGUAGCUUGCCCACAAGAGUCAGAUUACAUUUAAUUUUCUAAAUCAGAAAAACCAUUUGGGGCUUUCUAGGCCACAGAGGAAAAGGGAGGUUCCGUGUCUGAAUAAUGGGACACAGGCCCAGGGUCUGGGGAAGUUUUCUGAUGCAAAGGUAAAUAACAUAUAAACAAACACAAAGAGGAAGGGAAGCUGGAAUCCGGGGCCAAAAGGCUGUAUCCACCAAGCGACUGGAACCUUCCAUUUAUAACUCUCACAGCAGGAAUGAAUUUAGGGUGGGCUGAGAGUGAGAUAAUGGCUUGUGUGUAUCUGUAUCUACAUACAUAAUGUAUCUACAUACAAGAGGGCACAGACUUGUACAACCACACCCACACAUAAACAUGUGCGGAGCAAUCAGUUUACCCACUAAUGAAAUGCAGCCAUAGCAGAAUGGAAGCCAACAGCUGUUGACCACCACCCAGACUGUCUACUCAACACUCUGGGAUAGGAAGUAAGGAGGAAGUCUGAAGAGAGUGGGAAUUGUCAAGAGACUCGAGAUACGUGGCGGCAGCCAACCUGAACAUUAUUUAGGCCAUGGUUUAAAAAAAUCAGGUGUGGCUUGCUUUACUCCACAGACAUGGUCCUGAGGAGUUGCAUGCAAAGUGAAUUUUUGUAAAUUGAAUCAUCAUUUGAAUGCAGCAGGGGAGCCCGCUAUUUAAAGGAACCUUUCAUGGAAUCUUUCUGUAAUGGCAAUAAUUGGCUCCAGAUUUGUGCAUUUUGGAAAUUUGCAUUUUUCUCAUGCUAGGCUUUCUUAAAGUUGAAUCUACCUGCUAUCUCCCAUGAUGCCUCAUCUCGUACCUAGACACACCUGUUAGUAUUAAAAUUAUUUCACAAAGAGAAGUUAAGGAUAUGUCAAAAGCAGAGAAUGGCAAAUAUAGGGCAAGCUGCCCCUCCAGAGGCCUUGACAGACAUCGCUAAUCAAUCCCAGCACCCUCCCAGCUGAGCCCUAAUGCAACACAGAUGGCUUCUUAAGACAGCACUGUCGGCAACCAGAACUAAUCAAUUGGAAUUGGUUCAAAGGAUAAAACACAUUUGCCAUUCAGGAUACUGGCUCUACGUUCACUCCUUCAGGCCAUGUAAAACUUGGUUUGUAUCCUGAGUCAGUAGUCCAUUCCCUAACCUGGAAUGUGAAUGGGGUCCACACAUGCAGGAGUACUGCCUCCCUGUCUCAAGUGGCCCAGGGUGUACAGAGGCUGCGGGAAGUGGACUGAUGAGCCUGCCACAGCCCACCUCGCAGGACACACACUGGUGUGCUCCUUGUCACCCCAGAGGCCGGCUACACCUGCCCACGGUCUUCACAACUAGCAAGAGCCCUCUGCACCUCCACAAGCUAAACAAGACGGGCCAUCUUUUUGGAGCAGCAAUUUUGCCAAAUGGUUUUUCUGGAGGAAAAAAAUGUAAGUUUUGAUGUUAAUUUUUUCCUGAAUAUUUAAAUACACCUGGAUAAGCUAAAGAGCAGAAUGAAAAAUCAGCAUGAAUUUUAAGAGCAGAAGGAGAUGCUAGAGAAAGCUGGCUGUGAUAUCAGCUCCAUGCUAACACCCCAGUCUCCUUUCUGCUUCGCCUCCUAUUCUCCCUCAGCAGGAGAAGCUGAGCAUCUGGUCUGAAGAUGUAAUAACUACUUUCCAGGUGAGAAAGUCUUUCUUUCCCUUGUCCUGGACUGUGAAUCCUCAGCCAAGAAAGCCAUACGGGGAAGGAAAUUUAGAAGAUGUUUUUAUGCGUUGUCCCCACCGCACCAAGUGUUUCCAAAGCUUGGGCUAUGUACCAGGCAUGGUGAGAGGUGUUCUCGUGAGCGCUCUUCAUGUAAUCUGGGCAACCACCUCGGGAGAUACUCGAACAGAUAUUACAUAAGCUGGGAACUAUGGGCCAAUAACGCAUGCCUCUCUCACUGCCAUGAUUUGAGACCGUAAUGCACCGUGCUCUCUGCCAGAGGUCGGUGACACAGCAGGUCACCCCUGCACUCCCACCCACAGUGACAACAUGACUGAGCAUCCAACACACCACAAAAACCCUGAACUUGGCUAGCAUCCUAACCUGUCCACCCCCAUGUCCUAUUAGAUUUCUAAGAGUAGAUGGUAACUCAGGCAAAUAGAUUCCUGCUUUAGGAAAUCCUUAGGGGAAAUGAUUAAAGUAAGGCAUCCGUAUAUUCACAUUUCUAUCUUUUGCCUACAGUUACCACCAACAGCAGUUGGCAAUGAAAAUAAUUACCCUGAAAUGUCAACAGCCUCUCGGAACAUAAAAAUAUAAAUCAAAUUGUUUAGAUUAACAGAUGCGGAGUUAUCAUUUGUUAAUAAGAGAAAUGAAAUGUUUUAACUGUAAAAAAACAUCGCAGAUGAAAGACCCAAUUUGCAGGGUAUUCUGUGAGAACCACAAAUUAUCUUGCGCAACCAUUAUAGCUCAUGAGGGGUAAUUUGCAGAUGCCUCAUAGAUUAUUUUCAGCUGUUUACUUCUGCUCUCCUAUUCAUAGAUUCCCCCCUAAAAAUGUCCUUCGAUCAUAGAGCCUGGCCGAGGGUACACUGUGAACAAAAAUCACACUUAGUAUUGAUUGUUUCUGAGAAAACCAUCUGAAAUAGAGCUUUUUCAUCACAUUUAGUGGAACAGUGUCACUUUAGACUGAUGAUUUUUACUUUGCCAGAGAUCACACAUUCACAAUAGCAGGACCUAACAUGUGCCACCCCGUCUGAAGUGAGGUGUAUAAAGAAUGAAGAAGGCGCUGGCCACAGGGAUUGUAGUGAAAGAGGACCUAGUGUCAGAAGUUUACCUGCAAAGCUUUUAAAAUUAAGGCAAACAUCCCUGACCCAGAAAAAUCUUGUGCUUAAGAUGAUAAGGUACCAAUAGACAACUGGGUGUUUUGUUUUUCCUUACAAAAAUGAAAGAUUGAGAAGUGAUUCACACCACUUCCUCCUGAAGGCUCAUAAAAAUCAAAUCUCGUUAUGCAGGUAAACCAAGUUGUUGCAGAAACAAGACACUCUUGUCUCAGAUCCGAAAUAUCAAAGGAAGUAGCCAAAUCAAUUUCUAAAAUAAUCUAUCUGUAGCGCACCUUACUAUAAUUAUACAAUUUUAGAAACCUAUAACUUUCUAUAGCAGAUUGGGAAAUAGCUGCUUCCAGUUUGGCCAAACCCACCAGUGUGUCAAUUGCUAAAUUAUAUUAGACAGAUACCUACCAGAAAUGAUAUUCAGACCCCUCGUGGCAUCACCAGGCUGUGGUUUCUGUGCGCAAGUUCGGGGAGCUAUCCUAGCUCCCUUUUGAUGAAAAUGAUUUAUUUCUUUCAGUUUUCAAAUGACAAUGAGGUCCCAGAGAAAUCCUCACCCUAUCUGUAGAAGGACCUUUGUGAUUCACCCCUGUCCCUUCAGAGCCUUGGCUGGAAUGUCCACAUCUACUUUUCACCCUGAUGGUACUGAAUCUUCACUCGGAUAGACAGGAUGUCACCCAGUUACAAAGGCCCGUCCAGAAGUCCCAGAGAAGAACCAAAGGACCGGGGGGUGCUGGGAAGGUCCUAGGAGAGUAUCUGGGGGAGGCCUGGCAGAUUUCAGCAUAGCUGUGGCUACAUACCUAUCCACUUUAGACACUGCUAAUCGAUCAUGGCGAACCUAGCCACUGAACCCAGCCAAGCCCUCAGAAUCCUUUUAAAUCUGUUUAAAUACUCAAUACUGAUCAACUGGAGUUGACAUAUGAGAUUAAACCUAUUUGCUACUCUGAUAUAGUUCCAUGUCUUCAUUUUACAAAUGGGAAAUAGAAGCAUGGAAAAGGGAAGGAACUUUUCCAAAGUCACACAGGUAAUUAAUUGCAGGCCUGGUGAAUGGAGCUGCAGGACCAUAGGUUUAGCCUGGAAAACACAACCCAGCCUCCACCAUUCUUCACUCAUUCUGUGUGAACCAUGAUAUCAAGAUUACAGUAUCAUUAUAUUAA